UGGUUAGUAUUUUAUGUAAACGCUUAUCGAUUGGACAAGACGGAUGUCUUUUACUUUACCGUAGCAGCCUCAAAGAAUCUCAAAUUUAAAUCAGAAACAUCAUAGUGUUAAUAAAAACAAAUCUUACAAUUUGAACAAAAGAAUACUUAUGUUUUUGUGCGUGAUGUUUAUCCAGCAUAAUGCAAUUUACGGGACACAGACCCAAUUUAUGAUCUUAUAGUAUUUACGUCAAUCUUAGUGAAGGAGGCGGGUUUUUGUCUGUAUACGGGUGGUAAAAGUAACUGCGCGUUAGAGUGCUUGAAGGCAGAGAAGCAGCUGCUGGUGAUGGUGAAGAUGGCGGAUGGGGAUAGUGGGAGUGAGCGCGGUGGAAGUAGCGGUGGUGGUGGAGCUGGAGGAGGCAGCGGAUUCCCUCAUUUUCAGCGGGAUCAAGAAGAGACCCAGGAGCUGGCCUCCAAACGCUUGGACAUCCAGAACAAGCGUUUUUACCUGGACGUGAAGCAGAACUCGAAGGGUCGGUUUGUGAAAAUCGCUGAGGUCGGCGCCGGGGGCUCAAAGAGUCGGCUAACUCUGUCCAUGUCGGUGGCGGCGGAAUUCCGCGACUACUUGGGCGACUUCAUAGAGCACUACGCCCAGCUCGGGCCUAGCACCCCGGAGCAGAUCGCACAGUCAUCCGGCGGGGAGGACGGCGGGCCGAGGCGGGCCUUGAAGAGCGAGUUUUUGGUGAGGGAAAACCGAAAAUACUACCUCGAUCUGAAGGAGAACCAGCGCGGAAGAUUCCUGAGGAUCCGGCAAACCGUCAACCGCGGCGCGGGUUUCGGAAUCGGAGGGGGAGUGCCCCAUGGGGCGGCGAUGCAGUCCGGACAGACCAUCGCCCUCCCGGCUCAGGGACUGAUCGAGUUCCGCGACGCGUUGGCCAAGCUGAUUGACGACUACGGCGGCGACGAUGACGAGCUCUCCGGGCCCGGAUGCGGCGGCGCCGGCGGCGGAGGCUACAACGAGCUCCCCGAGGGCACGUCCAUCACCGUGGACUCCAAGCGCUUUUUCUUCGACGUUGGCGCCAACAAGUACGGCGUGUUUCUCCGGGUCAGCGAGGUGAAGCCCAGCUACCGGAACUCGAUCACGGUGCCGUUUAAAGCCUGGGGCAAGUUCGGAGGAGCUUUCUGCCGCUACGCCGAGGAGAUGAAGGAGAUCCAGGAGAGGCAGAGGGAUAAAAUGUACGAGCGGAGAGCGGACGAGGAAUCCGACGGAGACGACGUGGACGACGACUGAUUUCUGCCGCCCCCCCUGAGAACCGGGUCGUUUGAAAGGAUGUGCAUGAUGAACUUUAAAUACUAAAACACCUAAGUUGUGUGACUGACUGACAAACAUGGAGUAAAUAAAUACAAUGGCAAGCAAACGAGGUUUUGCUUGACCCCCUCCUCCCCAUAGCUGCACUAGGCCUAGUGUUAGUGAGAGCUCCUUUUUUGGUGCAGACCUGUUUUAGAUGGCAUGUAAAAGAAAAGGCAUAAUUAAUCCAACCAACCCCGCCCCCAAAAAACAAACAAACAAACAAACAAAACACUAGAUUCUAAUGUGCUUAUGAACACACAAUGUGAGCAUACAGUGCUUGUAUUUUUAUUAAGGUUCUGUAGGGUAUGCAUUGCCAUAACAGACAGAAGACCAGCGAGCAAACCUUUUAUUCAGGAAGUUUGUUUCAUGGAAUUUUCUUACCUUUGGUUUCAGGUCUCUUAACGCUUGGCUCCGGGUUUCCUGGUUUCAAGAUUUAUUUUUUAAAAAGUUCACGCAGCAAACUUGGACGUACAGACAUUUUACGUGGACCAUUGACACAAAAAAAAAAGGUGCUACGAAACAUUUCACCACCCCCUUAAACUUUAUUAGUAUUAUUACUACUACUACUACUACUAUUAUUAUUAUUAUUAUUAUUAUUAAGAAUGUGUAAAAUACAAAUUAAAUUCAAUGUACAUACUAAAUUAUUCAUAGAAAGAUGGUCGAAGGUUGAUAAAGCACACAGCCACUAUUAUCCUAAAUCAUCCUGAUACUUUUACACUUUGCUCCUAAGUUACAAAAGUAAGCACAGUGUUAUAUUUUAAAGACAUUAACCUGUUUUUUUUUUUUUUGGUUUUGGUUACGUCUGCAAAGAAAUAAGUGAUAAGAUGAUUCAUUAUCUGUCAGAGUUAAAAGAAAGAAAAAACUAGAGCGUAACUGGACAAUACAUUUUACAUUAGAUUUAACAUAAACCUCACCCAACAGGGGUUAAAUACUUAUUUUUAAACAGAAAUAUAUAUAUAUAGAAAUAUAUUUAUAUAUAUAUAUAUAUAUAUAUAUAUAUAUAUAUAUAUAGGAAUUUAGAAUUGAUGCAAUUAUUAUAACAAGCUUAUUUAAACAAAUCUUGGAUGCAAUUAUCCAGUGGGAUAUUACUUCUUAUGGUUUGUUAAUUAAAAAAAAAAAAGUUUUAUUAUUAUAAAUUUUUCACACGGUUCUUAUUGACGAGGCCAUAAGAACAUAGGCAGUAUUUAAGAUGCUGUGUAACUUUUUUGUUGUUGUCAAAAAUCUGACUUGAGAAAUGUUUCCUUUAGCCUUUUGUAUUAUUUCUAUCUGAAUAUGCAUAAUCUCCCAGAACAGCCUAUUCUCAUCAAUUUCCAUCUCUUCUAUGUGAGAUAAAAAAUAUGUCUGUUCAAGUUUACAACAAUGCUGUCGGAAAGUUUUUUGUACCUGCUUUGAUCGAUCACUGUAUGCUGUAUUAUUAGACAUUAUUAUUAUUAUUAGACAUUUCAUUUGCUCUACCGAAGAACACAAAGCAGGAUUUACAAACUGUGACGAUUGUCACACACAGUCUCGAUGUGUGAACUCUCUCUCUCUUCUUCAGGUUUAGAUUUCAAUCCCUUAGUCAUGUACACCACCUUGGAGCAAUAGCACUACUUUUCUACUACUUUUAAAAAUCAAUGUCAGUUUUGCCCUCAGUUUAGAUCUUUUCUGUACCAUGUCCCAUGAAAAAAGGCAGCUGUCAGUCGACAUCAUUCUGCUGUAACACUCCACCAUCUUCCUUUCAAGGACAAAUAAAAAAAAAUUGCUGAUUAAAA